CAAUUUUAACGGCUUUUAAAAAUUCAAAUUACAUCCUUCAUCUUUGGUCUGAUCAAAGUCCAAAAUCACCAAAAACCUCAUUUUACAAGCUGUUGUCAAGCCAUUCAGGUCGUUUCCAAGCUUCUUUAAAACAUAAAAUACAAGAUGGGAAAAAGUGUUGAAGUAAAGCAAGUGGAAUUAGUUGAAAAGCUGGUUAAAAAGUUUGAUGAAGUUAUGUCCGACGAAGAUGCACUUGCUGACGUCUUAAAUGGACUAGUUGAUGCUUUGAAACCAUUAGCUAAGGAUGAAAAACAAAAAGUACAGUAUGGUGAAUUGUGUGCUAUUGUAGAAGGGAUUCUCGAAUAUAGCAGUGGAUUUGCUUCAAAAACCAGCACAAGUGAAAAGCAGCAAGCUAAACUAAAGAAGUCCUUAAAUGCAAUCAUUAAGAUUAAAGAGUAUUUGGUUUGUUCGCUAAGCAUUAAUGUUGAAGAAGAUUAUGGACCACAAAGACGUAUAGGAUCUGACGAAAACACUGUUUUGGAUCAACAGGAAGCAUCUGCAGCAAAAUAACAUCUACUUCCUAAGCUAUAUUUUAAUAAUUUUUUAACUUGUAAAGCACCAUUGUGGAAAUAAAGUUUAUUGUGUAGUUAUUAACCCUA